GAUGGUGGGAUCGGUACAGCACAGCCCGACCGUCCAAGGGACGCGAAUGAAAAGGGCGUUAUUGAAACAUCUGCCUGUUACAUUUCCACCCGUCCAGCUCUUUUCUUUCCUUUUUUAAUGGUAGACCCGCAGUUCAACAUGGAGGAUCCCGAUCUCAUCGCAUGCCUGUAUCCCUUUGUAGAUGGCGAGGUUGUCGGAAAGAAGGCGAAGAAGGUGAUCGAAGCGGGGGAAAAGCGACACCAGUUCAUCCCUCCGCGGUUGUCUGAAGUGAAUGAACAGCCCCAGCUCAGUCGUAGCGAGAGGGAAUCGACGCCACUCGAACGGCCGCGCGAAGAGGUGCCGGCGUACUUUUACCACCCGGGCCUGGAACUGCGGUUCAGUCGCGGCCCACAAACUCCUUUUGGCUUCGUGUUUGGAACGGACGAGAAUUCCGACAUCGUUCUGCCCAAGAGCAUAUCUACCAUCAGCUUUCAUCAUUUCGCUCUGACGUUUGACGACCACUACCGCCCAAUCGUGAAGGACCUGGGCUCCUCUAACGGAAUCGAAGUCACGUAUAACUCUCGAGGCAAAGGAAAUCGCAGCAAUUUUAUCUGGAUUAUCGGCGGGCACCGCAUCCCUCGAUAUACCGAGACCAUUGUUAUCAAUGUCAACAAGGACCUCAAGUUCCAGAUUGUUGUUGCCCGCCAUGACAUUACCUCGCCACAAUAUAUCGACAACGUCAACCGGUUCCGUCAAGGGAUGGCGGACGCAGGGAAUCUGUUAGGUCGCCUCGACCUUCGGAGCCGCCCGCAAACCGAACGCGCCAGCGGAGCCCACACGCCUGGCACAGGUCCCAUCUUUCUAAAGAAGAAGCUCGGCGAGGGAACAUUUGGGGUUGUGACACACCUCUGGAAUGUUAGCACCGCAGAGGAAUGUGCCGUGAAGGAGCCGUCAGCUCGGGCCAUUUAGAGGAGAUGGGUUAGGCCCGAUGAAUGGAUGGAGGAGGCUCGUAUCAUGAAACGGGUUUCGCAUGUAAGUACCCCGACGCUCUGGCGCUACGGUUCUAAAUAAGUUGCUGCUAGG